GGCUCCCAGCCCGAACUCGGGGUGCCCGCUCUUGUUGUCCCGCAGAGUGGCGGGGCGGGGCCCGGGGAACCCCGGCUCUGACCGAGGGGCCUGUGGGUGAGGGCGGGCGGCGCUGGUGCCCGGCAGGUUUCGGCCUCCCCAACCCGUGCUGCAGGCUGCGAACACGUGUGGGUGGGAGAGUCAGCCCCAUGGUAGAGCUGCUCUACGAGGGGAAAACAAAAAUAAGAAAAAACCCCACAAUCUCAUGCCGCUCCUUAAUCCGUAUGGCAUGUUUCUUGCUUCACGAAACUUCUGUUGCCGUGGCAUUCAGCUAAGAACAGAUUUGCUUUCCAGAUCCAUCAAACAUUCCACCUCAGCAAUGUUGCAGACAAUGCCCUUCAGACACAAAAACACAAGACGAAUUGAAGGCCUUGAUAGCAAUGUGUGGGUUGAAUUUACAAAAGUGGCAGCAGAUCCCUCAAUUGUUAAUCUCGGCCAAGGCCUUCCUGAUAUAUCCCCUCCCAGCUAUGUUAAAGAAGAACUGGCAAAGGUAGCAGCAGUGGACAGACUGAACCAGUACACCCGAGGCUUUGGACAUCCAUCACUUGUGAAAGCCUUGUCUCAAGUCUAUGAGAAAGUUUGUGGAAGAAAGAUUGAUCCUCUCACAGAUAUCCUGGUGACUGUGGGAGCUUAUGGAUCUCUCUUUAGUACAAUACAGGCACUAAUUGAAGAGGGAGAUGAAGUAAUAAUAAUAGAGCCAUUUUAUGACUGUUAUGAGCCGAUGGUAAAGAUGGCGGGUGCAAAGCCUGUUUUUAUCCCACUAAGAUGUAUAAAUGAUGGAAACUCAGCAUCUAGUGCUGAUUGGGUCUUAGAUCCUGCUGAACUUGCAAAUAAAUUUAAUUCCAAAACAAAAGCGAUUAUUCUGAAUACCCCACACAACCCGAUAGGCAAGGUUUUUACCCUGGAAGAGCUCCAAGUAAUAGCUGAUCUCUGUAUUAAACAUGACACCCUGUGCAUCAGUGAUGAGGUGUAUGAAUGGCUGGUGUAUAAAGGGAAUAAACACAUUAAAAUAGCUACAUUGCCAGGUAUGUGGGAAAGAACAGUAACUAUAGGAAGUGCUGGGAAAACAUACAGUGUGACUGGCUGGAAGCUUGGGUGGUCCAUUGGUCCUGAGCACCUGAUUAAGCAUUUGCAAGUUGUUCACCAAAAUACACUAUAUACUUGUCCAACUCCAUUACAGGAGGCUUUGGCACAAGCAUUUUGGGUGGACUACAAGCGCAUGGAUCACCCUGACUGCUAUUUUUACUCCCUGUCUCGAGAGCUGGAAAGCAAGCGUGAUCGGAUGGCUCAGCUACUGAAAGGGGCUGGACUAAAGCCUGUCAUUCCAGAUGGAGGAUACUUUAUGAUCGUUGAUGUUUCCACGUUAAAUGUGGAUCUCUCUGAUGUAGAUGAGAAACAACCUUAUGAUUAUAAAUUUGUCAAAUGGAUGAUAGCAUCUAAGAAGCUGUCAGCAAUUCCUCUUUCAGCAUUCUGUGGUCUUGAGACAAAGAAACAGUUUGAAAGAUACAUACGUUUUUGCUUCAUUAAGAAAGACAGCACACUAGAUGCAGCUGAAGUGAUCUUGAAGAACUGGAAUAAACAGACAGGCUGAUUUUUAUUAAUUCUUCCAUAUAGUGUAACUAUCUAAUAGCAGGUUUUUUUUUUUUAAAUUGGAAAUUUAAGAAAAAAAUUACCUAAUACAGUACAGAAUUAACAUGACAUUGUAAAUAACUUUUUAUUGAUACCUGCUGAGGAGUUAGAACAAGGGUUUUACUUAAAUAUGUGUAUAGCAAUUCAGAGGUUAUUUUCAGUCUUUUAAAAAUAAAUUGCUUUUCUCUUAAAGAAACCCCAAUGGGAUUAAUUUCUUUAACUAAAAAAAAAGAUUUAUAGGGUUCUGUGUAAAAUAAAUAAAUGAUAUAGGUAUUUUAAAGCCUACAGGUAAAAAUGGGGGACGUGUUUUUGGUAUGACAUAGUAUGGGAACUAGAGAGAGACUUAGAAACAUCUUAGUUUGUGAAAGCAAAUAACCUGCAGUAGAGGAACAUUAAGACCCUUGGCUCAUAUUAGAUAAUUGCAGUAACUCUCUACAUACCUGCCUACCUUCUCUGUCUGACGAAAUUGCAUCAAUUUAAAUAAAGUGAAAAGUGCGAAGUUACAUAAUUACUAUUUUAUUUCCCACAAUAGUCAUGUGUGGUGUUCCGAAAGUAUUCAGUCCUCAAUACAAUUGUAAAAGUGGCAUCUGGAAUACAAAUUCUUUUCACUUCUUUUCACAAAUUCUUUUCACUAUCUUGUAUUUAUUACAUGGAUGAAUCUACAAAGCAAAAUAUAAGCAAAAUAUAGGAGACUUUGCUUUAGAAAAGUCUUUAGAAGCUCCUUUACAAUCAGAUGUACAGUGACAUAAUUAUUUGUGUCAUUGUUUUUCUUUCCAUGUUAAAACAUUGGCAAUGUCAACCAAACUUACUUCAAACUCUUUAGAUCUAGGGGGGCCAUGGAGGUGGGCCUAAUGCUGUUUUAUGGAGCUCAACUAGCUUGGUUUCAAGCACAGUAGAUAAAUGACUUGUUUCAAAAGAAGUCAGUUUCUAGCUACCUCCUUUUUUCAUUUCUUUCUGCAAUCUUUUAAUCUGUGGAUAGGUUUUCCACUAUCAGAAGCAAUCCAGGUAGGUGACUUUUUAAGGCUGUGUGCUAUGUCCUCCAUGGUCUUUCUAUGUUCUUCUCACUGGCUGGUUUCAGAUGGGAUAGAAUUAAUUUUAUUCUCAGUACCUGGUACAGUGCUGUGGUUUGGAUAAUGCUGAUAACACACUGAUGUUUUGGUUGUUGCUAAGUUGCAUUUAUCCUAAAUCAAGGACUUUUUUGUGUCUCCUGCUCUGCCAGUGAGGAGGAGCAAAAAACUAAGAAAAGCUGUGAGGGAACAUAGCUGGACAAGUGACCCGAACUGGCCAAAGGGAUAUUCACUCCAUGGAAUGAAUGUCAUGCUCAGCACAGCAGCUGGGAGCUAGUGGGAAGGGGGAGCCCACCAGGGCUGCAGGAAUGGGGUCUGGCAUCAGUCAGUGGGUGGUAAGCAACUGCAUUGUGCAUGACUUGUUUUUCCUUUUUAAAAAUCCUUUAAAAAUCAUCAUUAUUAUUAUUAUUUACUACUGUGGUAUUUUUUACUCUGUUUCAA